GCGUAGAUCUCAAAAAGUUUGUUCAAAAACUGCACCUCGACCAAAUGGACUAUGGAGAAUUAACGGACGAAGAUGUAGAGAAAUUUUACGAAUUCGUUGGUCCUGAUUUUACUUGGCCUCCUACAAUGAAGAACUGUGAGCGCCGUCUUAUCUUUGAUUGUGUUACCGAUCCUGAAGAAAGACAAGGAGAAGGAUAUGCAAAAAAUGUUAUUGCAUAUCGGCGCUUCACCGAGGCUGGACAAUUUGAUCCGUCAAAAGGUACUCAUGUCUUGAUCAUUGACGGAAAGAUAGUCCGUUAUGGUCCAAAGUUGUGGGGCAAAGAACACGAAGAAAUGGUGUCGAAGAAUCCGGAAUUGUUGUACGCGCCUCUUGUAGAAGAGGUGGUCGGCGCGAGAUUCUCUUCCAUUGAGGAUGUCGAACAAAAGGAGUGGCAGGUGCACAUGCGGAUUAGGCUCAAAGCCAACCCCAAUGUCAUAGCAACAAUGGCAAAUGUCGAACAAGACACCAAGCGGAAGCGCAAGUAUCGGCUAAUACUCGAUACUGGUGCCACAUACACAGUUGUACCACAAUUCAUACAGAAAAGGAUGGGGCACCGUGCUGGCUGGAGUACGAUAGCUACACGUGCUACUGGAUACGCUGACGACACCAUGAUGUUUAAGGCUUCUGAGCCCUGGGAAGUCUCCUUAGGGGAUGGUGUAAAUUGGACGGAUUGGAAGGAGACUGACCAAUUAUAUAUUUGGCAAAAGAGUGCUUCCAGCAAUGUGGAUUGUGGUCUGGUUGGUUUUGAUGUUUUAAAUAACACUUACCAGAUCAAAGUCCCUGGCAAACCGUAUGCUUUUGUAACGGAUAACAAUGUUACUAAUCAAUUACAACAAAUUUACAACAGCAUCAAUUGA